AUGAGUUCCUAUUUUGUCAAUUCUCUCUUCUCAAAAUACAAAAGUGGGGAUUCUUUGCGUCCCAAUUAUUACGAAUGUACAGGAUUCGCACAAGAUCUGGGAGGUAGACCCACUGUAGUUUAUGGACCGGGUACCGGAGGAACUUUCCAACAUCCAACUCAGAUACAGGAGUUUUACCACCACGGUGCAUCCACGCUCUCUACUGCCUCUUACCAACAGAAUCCAUGCGCCGUAACCUGUCACGGAGAACCAGGAAACUUCUAUGGGUACGACGCGCUGCAAAGACAGACCCUAUUCGGAACCCAAGACUCAGACUUAGUCCAGUACAGCGACUGCAAGUUGACCGCGAACGGCAUCGGAGAGGAGGCAGAGAGCACAGAGCAGAGUCCCUCGCCAACUCAACUCUUCCCGUGGAUGAGACCACAAGUAGCUGCCGGACGGAGGCGAGGCCGACAGACCUACAGCCGCUACCAGACACUGGAGCUGGAGAAAGAGUUUCUUUUCAAUCCCUACCUGACCCGCAAGAGGCGGAUUGAGGUCUCGCACGCCCUGGGACUUACCGAGAGACAAGUCAAAAUCUGGUUUCAAAACAGGCGAAUGAAAUGGAAAAAAGAGAACAACAAAGACAAAUUUCCCAGCAGCAAAUCGGAACAGGAGGCGAUAGAGCAACAGAGGAAAGAAAAUGACCAAAACGAGGAGGCGCAUACGGCAGAAGAAGAAGACUGUGACAAAGCAAAACAAAUGUAG